CCAGGACUCCCAAUCGGCCAAGAGACUUUCAACUCCUGCUUCCUGUCAUAUCCUCUUAGUCGGCGUUCCACGUUUAUGAGUAUAGCGUGUGCUUUGGCCGGUUCCUUCAACUUGCUGGACUCUUUAAAGUUAAAGCGAGGGGGGGAAAGAAAAAAAAAAGACAAACCCAAAAACCUGCCACAGCGAGCAGGCGGCUAAAGCAGACUUCAGUGGGACGGGAAUCCCACUCCGCUCGGGCACCAUAUAGGGAAGCUUCUCCUGUCGGUAUUUCUUAUCCGAGUUCUUGUUCUACAGGUGGAAAGUGAUUUCCUAGCAUGAAACAAGCUUGGGACAAGAACGUUUUUGAGAAUGGGCAAAGCAAACAGCAAGGAACAGGCCCGGUGGACUCGGCGCCUUCAUUCGAGCACCUCCAGAAUACUGGUUCAGGAGACAAGUAUGAUAAGACGGUGCUUCCUGUUGGCGGAGCCUUAAGCGGAGCCGGUCAAAAUCUGCUACUUACUCCGGCCAGUCUGCAGCUGGCCCAGCUCCAGGCUCAGCUCACCCUGCAUCGCCUCAAACUCGCCCAGAACAGCAACACUGCUGCCGCUGCCACAGUCCUCAAUCAAGUCCUCUCCAAUGUGACCAUGUCCCAGCCUCUAUUUAACCAGCUUAGAGGCUCCAGCAUGCCGCAGGCUCCAGGAACAGGCUUUCCUUCGACACCGAUAACCUUUCCCCCUCCUGCCACCCCCCUAAGCACCCUUGUAGGGGGUGCCUUCACCCAGAACCAUGCUGGGAUCCGAUUGAAUCACUAUGGAGGAGGUGGAAACAUGAACCAGAGUGCCAACCCACACAGGGAAUGUGGGAAUAAGCCCAGCAAAUUUCAGGCAGGGUUUCUGGGAGGAAUCACAGCAGGGGCCAGUAAAGCAGGUGAAGGAGGACAGUAUGGAGGCACUGGUGGUCCCAAAACCAACAGCCAAAACAACUACCAGAGAGACUUCUACUCUUCUGAGAGUCAACUCCAGGGCUCUGGCCAUACAGAACAAUGGAAAACCCCAGCCGGCUUUCCCAUCUCGGGUAAACUUGAUGUAGGAACGGGUGUCGGGGGCAGUACAUGGGCACCAUCCACACAUGGAUUUAUUGGUCCACGAGCAGAGCUGUACAAUCCCGAGGAGCCCACUGGUGACCCCAAAUUCAGCCCAGCAGGAGGCCUUGGUUUUAGCACUGCCGGUGGUUCACAGGGGUUUCUGGGAUACCUACAGCAACAGAAGGGUGAGGAUGGGAGGGGCAUGACUUUACAAGCGCACCAGCUCAAUGACUAUCAUGGCGUCACACCAUCACACCUACCCCACCAGUGCACCAUUUGUGAAAAGAAGGUUUACAACUUGAAGGAUUGGGACCAGCACGUGAAGGGCAAGUUGCAUAUACAGAAUCGCUUGCUGUACACUGACGGCCCUGCACUUGGAGCCCUGCACUUUCCCGUCGCCUCGGAAGGAUGCCUCGAGUCGGCACUGAAUAACAGCACCAUGGCGUACUCGUCCGCCGCCGGCCAAGAUGUUUCAACCGGAGGCUCCUCUUUUUUACCAGCUGCACCUAUGAAGUCAUUUCCUCUCUCGGGGGCGGGAUUUACGUCACACCAACCGGGGACAAAGUUUGUAGCGCGGAAGCCGGGUCCCGGGCGCGUCGUGCACAUCUGUAACCUCCCUGAGGGCAGCUGCACCGAGAACGAUGUGAUCAACCUGGGUCUGCCCUUCGGCAAGGUCACCAACUACAUCCUCAUGCGCUCCACACACCAGGCUUUCCUGGAGAUGGCGUACGUGGAGGCGGCUCAGGCCAUGGUGCAGUACUACCAGCUCCAUCCGGCCACCAUCAAUGACCAGAAGCUCCUCAUACGCAUGUCCAAGAGAUACAAGGAGCUGCAGCUCAAGAAACCCGGUAAAGACGUCGAGUCCAUCAUCCAGGACAUCAACUCUCAGAGGGAGAGAGACGAGCUGCACGAGUUGGACCGGUAUCCACAAGAGCGGACGCGCUCGCGCAGCCCCGUCACUCGCUCCCUGACUCCGCCCUCACACAGCCCCAGCUUCACGUCCUGCAGCUCCACCCACAGCCCCCAGGCGGCGCCUUGGAUGAACGGCGCCGGCCCGCGGCGCGGAUCGUGGGACUGGACGCCGCGCGACAGGGACGAGUGGCGGAACGGCGAGGACGACAGGCCCAACGAACGCAGGAAGCCCUACCUCAAACCGGCAGACGAGCGCAGCAGGGAGCGCUAUUUCUCCUCCCACCAUCCCGCCGCUGCGGACGACUUCUAUAAGAAGGAAAAGCUCCCGCGCGUCUCCCAGCACCAGAGACACGAGCCGAAGUUCAAGCGGCGAGACGGAGGCGGGGACCACCACAGGGGCAGACAUUCGGAAUCCGAGCCCGGGGAGGACGGACGAGGCAGGAGGACGAGCAGGAGGCACGAGAGAGAGCCUAACAAUCACAAAGAAUCUACAGAGCACAGAGCCAAAGACAGAUCGUUAUCUCCGCACAGCAGCAAACCGACGGAGCCCAGCGAGGGCGAGCGCGACCGAGAGAGCGAGGCGGAGGAGUGUGGAAGUGGCGAGGACACGGAGGGCGAGUGCUGGUACCCUAAGAGCAUGGAGGAGCUGGUGACCGUGGACGAGGUGGGCGAAGAAGACGACUCCAUCGUCGAACCCGAUCUCCCCGAGUUGCAGGAAGAGGAGCAUGAGGAGGAGGAGGUGGAGGUGGAGGGGGGGCGUGAGGAAGAGGAGGAGACCACGUCGGCGAAGGCGGAGAAACGGGAGUCGGCGCCGGACGCUGUAACGGAAGAAACGCCGAGGCCUGAUCAGCCGGACUGCGCCGAAGCUCCGUCCUCUCACAUCUGCCUCUUCCCAAACCAAGAGUUUAAAAGUGCGCUAGAGGAGGCAGCAGAGCCGGGCGUAUCUCCGGCACACACCGUCGAGACACACGCCCCCGCCACACAAGCGGUGCCCGAGAGCGUACGUGAGGCGGAAAAGGUCACGGAAAAACACACGGGGAGGACGAGUGAGGCUGAGAAGAAGGAGACGCAGCAUGUUGAGGACAACCAGAAAAGAGCAGAGAACACAAUUCGGCAGCCUGCGAGUUCGCCGCAGGGGAUCGGCAUCGAAGCGCCGUCACCGUCGCGAGAGCAGGAGAAGAUCAUCAGCGAGCACAGCAUCCCGCUAGGUGUGGAGUUCGUCGUCCCGAGCGCCGGCUUCUACUGCAAACUCUGCAGCUUUUUCUACACCAGCGAGGAGACGGCCAAGACCACGCACUGCCGGAGCACCGUUCACUACCGCAACCUGCAGAAGUACCUGUCUCAGCUGGCCGAGGAGAGUCUGCUGCACUUCGGCUCUGACGCGGAGUGAAAACGGGACGCAGCCGGAGACGUCAGCAGUGUGAGCACCCCUCGCUCGCUCGCUCGGAGACGAGGAGGAGAACCGAACCAGGACACACAGAGAGAGAGAGAGAGAGAGAGAGAGAGAGAGAG